UGUGAUAGCAAAUCAGAAAUUCAGCACGCUCGCCGCGAUAAACUUGAAAAGUCGAUUUCGUUUGCAUAAAAAGUGCAGCAUAUAUAUAUGCGAGUUCCUCCUUUUAUGUUUUGCAAUCGGCCCCCCGAGGCCAACGUCACACAAAGUCACGGUUAGCGCACGGUUGCACUUGAAAAUAUGUUGAUUUGUGGUUUUGGGCAGUGAAAAGACAAUGUCGAGUUGAGAUGAGAUGCUGCUGGCAUUUGCGGUGGAAUUUUUCGCGACGACGGCCAAAGAAAUGUUGAUGGCAGUGACUGAUUUUUGAAUGAUGUUGAUAAUGAGACACUGAGAUGAUAAUCGGCGGGAAGCGUUGAGUCAUCCGAUUGUGAUUAUGCGCUGGAAAACGGCGAUAACGCGUCUUCCGCCAGAAAAAAUGUUUCCGAUAAUGAAGUGAAACAAAAAAAAAAAAUCAAAAUCAAGUGCCAAAGUGUUGUGACUAGUUACUACAAUUGUUUUUAUUGUGAGUUAGCGAAGAGGGAGGUGUAAUAGCUGAAGGAGACAAAAAAGGAAACGUGAAGAGAAAAGUGCUGCUUUUUUCAAUAGUUGCCUCCUCAUCGUUUGUUAGCAGUCCUCGUCGGGCGGUGUUUACAUUAUUCCGAUUGGGAAAUGGUUCUCAACGAAAGUCAAUUGGCACUAUGCACCGUUUUCACGUUGUACCUAGGUGGUCUACCUUUGAUGUACAGUCCGGCACCCAGAGGUGAUUGUGAAAACUGCUGUGCCAUCCGGGAGCCAAAGGAUAUACAGUUUUUUCUCUUCACAAGACAAAAUCGCGACAAGGGAGAUGUACUGUAUGUAUCCGACAAAAAGCAUCUGAGGAAUUCCCACCUGAACAGAACCAAUCCUUUGGUCAUUUAUAUGCACGGAUUUUCCGAGCGAGCACCCGGAGGCGACGGUGAAAGUAGUAAACAGAUGAAAGAAGCCCUUCUGGACGCGGAUGAUUAUAAUGUGGUGCUGGUGGAUUGGAGUCCCCUCACCGCGCUGCCAUGGUACGUGAAUGCUGUGCAGAAUGGACCGCGGGUCGGUCGCUACAUAGCCCGAUUCAUACGCUUUCUGGUGCUGUCCAAUUUUCCGCUCAAACAGAUUCAUCUGAUUGGGUUCAGUCUCGGGGCGGAGGUGGCUGGCUUCGCAGGAAAAACACUCAACGAGUGGGGCAUCAAGCUGCCAAGGAUAACGGGUCUGGACCCGGCCUUCCCGCUGUACGUAUUCGAGCGAGCCUCCCAGCGGCUUAGUCCAGGCGAUGCGGAAUUUGUGGACGUUAUCCACACCGACGGGGGACUGCUGGGCUACCCGUGGCCGCUGGGACACGUUGACUUCUAUCCGAACGGGGGAACGCCACUGCAGCCGGGAUGUGCUCAGCAGGAGCUGUCGAAAAACCGGUGGCUCGGUGUCAUUAUCGGCUGCAGUCAUGCCCGGGCGUGGCAAUACUUUGCUGAAUCUCUGGUACGGCCGAAAGGUUUCCUGUGCGAUCGGUGCGAGAAUAGUGACGACAACGGAGGUGACAGUAAUUGCACUAUGGCCAAGGAUGUGUUCAUGGGUAUGCACACCGAUCGGAGCCUGCGAGGAAGGUUCUAUCUGAGCACCAAUCCAGAGCCUCCGUUCGGAAAAAACUUACCGUUAGAUUAAGAGAAAAAACCCACGCUUCUAGUUGUACAUUAUGUGUACGAAAUGUAAAUAGAUAGAAUAGAGUUUUAGCAAUAAGCUAGUUUUUAAGUAGAAUUUUGUAAUUCAAAUCGAACACUAUCAAUA